UUCCCAUCAAGAAGAGGCUACCAGCUAUUGCACCAUUAGAAAAAACUAUGAUCCUUUGAUCCAUCCAACCUAUCAAUUCGCAUAGCACUUCAGCCAGAUAUUUCCAACUUAACAUUUAUUAACUAAUUUAACGUUACAGCAGAUUUUAGGGAGGGAAUUAGCUAUCAAUUUAUGUUUCCUGGCAGUUUCCCAUUCAAUAAUAUCGUCCAUGAAACUCUGCCCAGCUUUUGGUCGCGCUCUCUCUCUCUCCCCCCCCUAAAUUUCUGUGUCUUCCCUGACGACUUCCAUCUACUUCAGAGUUGAUGAUGCUCUCUAGUCUCUACCCGAUCGUUCUGAUGAUGAAUCCAAGAGGUAGACUUUGAUUGAUCUCCAGUUUUCUCCAGCAGAUCCAUUCUUCUCUGCUCCCUCUGUUCAAUGACUACUACUACAAGAGCCAAAGAGCCCACCUCCUCCUCUUUCGCUUCUCGGAGCAGCGGCAGCUAUGACGUGUUCUUGAGCUUCAGUGGCGAGGACACCCGCUGGACCUUCGCCGACCACCUCUAUACGGCUCUUAGGAACGCCGGAUUUCGCACCUUCAGAGACGAUGAUGAAAUCCAAAGAGGAGAAAGCAUCAACGUUGAGCUGCAAAGGGCAAUCGAAGAGUCGAGGGUUUCAAUUGUUGUCUUGUCCAGAAACUACGCGUCUUCGACCUGGUGCCUCGAUGAGCUUGCGAUGAUCCUCGGAAGACGACGGAGGAGGGACUCUGGCCACGUGGUUCUGCCGGUGUUCUACGGCGUGGAUCCGUCGGAGGUCAGGAAACAAAAGGGAGUUUAUGCGGAGGCAUUUGCGAGGUAUGAAGAGCGAUUCAAGUUCGAGGUGGGCGAGGGUGAAGCAGCAAAGGGGUGGAAGGAGAAAUUGAAGGGGUGGAGGGAAGCGCUGCAGGAAGUUGCUGGUUUAGCAGGAAUCCCAGAUGGAGUUGAUAGGUACGAGUCAAAGCUUAUCCAAAAAAUUAUCAAGGAAGUUGAAGACAAGCUAAGCCGGCCAAGAGUUUUGAAUGUUGCCCCUUACCCCAUUGGACUAGAUUCUCGUGCUGAAAGCAUUAAUUUGUGGUUACAAGAUGGAGGGUUUGAUGUUAGACUUAUUGCCAUUUGUGGGAUGGGUGGAAUUGGCAAGACAACCAUUGCUAAAUUUGUGUACAACUCAAACUCCUCAAAAUUUGAAGGUAGCAGCUUCCUAGCAAAUGUAAGAGAAAUUUCUGGACAACAAAAUGGUUUAAUUCGUUUACAAAGUCAACUUCUUUCAGAUAUUCUAAGCAGAAGAGAGGUAGAAAUACGCAAUGUUGAUGAAGGGAUUCUUAAAAUUAAAGAAGUUAUUGGUUGUAAAAGAGUUCUUAUAAUUCUUGAUGAUGUUGAUAAAUGGGAACAAUUAGAUGCAGUCUUUGGAAUGAAGGAUUGGCUUUCUCCAGGUAGUAAAUUGAUCAUAACUACUAGACAUGAGCAAUUAGUAAGAGCUCAUGAGUGUUGGAAAGUACACAAGGUAGAAAAGUUGGAUCACGACGAAUCCCUACAGCUUUUCAGUUGGUAUGCCUUUGGACAAAGCCAUCCUAUUGAUGGUUAUUUGAUAGACUCAAAAAAGGCAGUGGAUUAUUGCGGAGGGAUUCCAUUGGCUGUUAAAAUUUUGGGUCGUUUCCUAUCUAGCACAAGUUUAGAUGUGUGGAAAAGUCAACUACAAAAAUUAAUAGCAAUUCCUCACAAUGAAAUCCUUGAAAUACUCAAAUUAAGUUACGACUCUUUACAAGAUGACCACGACAAAAAUUUAUUUCUCGAUAUUGCUUGCUUCUUUGUCGGAGGGGACAUAGACACCACAAUUACAAUCCUAAAGGACUGUUAUGAUUUCGCAUUGGCCGGAAUUCAAAAUCUUAUUGAUAGAAAUAUGUUAACCAUUGAACAUAAUCGGCUGGUGAUGCAUCAAUUGAUUCAGGAAAUGGGAAGGGAAAUUGUCCGGCAAAAAUCACCUGAAGAGUUAGGAGAACGCAGCAGGCUCUGGAAUCACAAGGAUUCCUUGAGUGUCUUGAAGGGAAAAACUGGCACAAGAAAAAUCAGAGGCCUUGUUCUUGAUAUGCAUUUCUUGAAGGAAGAUGAGUCUGAGUGGAAUAGCUUUGGGCCCAACAGCUGCUCUAAAAAGGGGAAGAGAUUUCCCUUUAGUAUCUUCUUUGGUUUCCCUUUGGGCAUUGCCACAAAAAAUUCAAAUGUAGCUUUUUUGGAAGGUGAUGCAUUUUCAAGGAUGUCCAAUCUACAACUUCUACAGAUUAGUCAUGUACAAUUAUUUGGAAACUAUGAAAAUUUCCCCAAAGGAUUGAGGUGGUUGCAUUGGUCUCAUUUCCCUUUACAAAUGAUACCCAAUGAUUUUCCUUUGGACAAGCUGGUUGCUCUUGAAAUGCCUUAUAGCUGCUUGAAAAAGGUUUUGAAUGGAGCCAAGUGCCUCCAAUUAUUAAAAAUCCUUAAUCUAAGUCAUUCCCAUUAUUUUGUUGAGACUCCUGAUUUCUCAAGAUUGCCGAAUCUCAAGAGACUUAUAUUUGAAAAUUGUACUAGGUUGGUUAAGGUUGAUGAAUCGAUUGGAUGCCUAGAAAGACUUGUUUUCUUAAACUUGAGAAAUUGUCAAAGCUUGAGGGAGCUUCCACAAACCUUUUAUAAGCUAAAAUCUCUGGCAACACUUGACCUUAGCGGUUGCUUAAAUCUUGGAAAUUUUUCAGCAGAGCUGGGUAAUAUGAAUUCUUUGGCAGUGCUUCUACCAGAUGGAACUGCAAUAAAUCCAUUAUUCUCUAUCACUUGGAAGGUGAAAGCAUGGCUUUUGUCUUCAUGGCCUUGGCCACUAAAUCCAAGAAGUCGACCAGAAUUUUCAUGGGUUUCUUUUCCAGAGUCUUUGGUAGGUUUAAGUCUUGCAAAUUGCAAUCUGUCUGAUGACAGUUUCCCUAGGGAUUUUAGCAGCCUAUCCUCAUUGCGGAAGUUGAAUUUGAGCGAGAAUCCGAUUCGUAGCCUCCCAAAUUGCAUUAGGGAUCAUUUUGGGCUCAAGAGUCUAUGGUUACACUCAUGCCCAAGGCUUUUGACACUUGACGGGCUGCCUAAAAGUUUAGAAGAUGUGCAGGUUGAUGGAUGUAAAUUAUUGGAAAAAAUAAGCUUUGACUCAGCAGAUUUUACCGGAAAAAUUUUAACUUAUCGUCAUUGCCGGAGGCUAGUUGAGAUUUCUGGCUUAUACAAAGUAAAACCCUUAGAAAGUGAUGAUGCAGAGCUAAUUAACAAUUUGGGCUUUUGUGACUUCUUCGAAGGCAUGGGAAAAUCAUAUAUAGAGUUUUCAUCAAUCUCUGCAUCACAUGAAACGUGGAUGUCUCCUCCCCUAGGAUUACACCAGCCUUGUACAAUUUGCACUUAUGUUCGUGGAAGCAAGAUGCCUAUCAGAUUCAAUCUUAAGAAUGUAGGAUCCUCAGUAUCUUUUACCAUGCCUUCCGAUGCUAAUUUCAGAACUCAAGGGUUGUCUGUAUGUUCUGUUUAUGCUCCAUCUAAUGAUCUUCGGUUUGAAGAACAAUGCUUACGCACAAUUAUCAGUAAUGCAACCAAGCAAGUGAAAUGGAGCUAUUGCCCAGAACUUUUGGGUUUUCCACUAAAUGAAGAGGACGACGUGACGUGGUUAAGUUAUUGGAAGUUUGAGGAUCAGCUGGAAGGUGGAGAUGAAGUGAAUAUUUCAGUUACAAGUGCUUGUUUUCAAGUGAAGGAGGUUGGGGUUCAUGUUGUGUAUAAGGAGGAGGCAGAAGAAAAGAAGAGCACACAAUCUCUUAGUUUAGAAGUUCUCCAACAAAUUCAUUCAUAUGGGAAUGUAGUUCCUGGUUUUUGUAAAGGGGAUUGUGAGGACUGCAAGAAGUUUCCAGUGCCUGGAGAUCCAGCAAGCACUAGAUUCGUUCUUCCUGCUGAUGCUGAUCGUUGCCCCGAGAUUAUGUUCAAAAUUCCUUGCCCUGAGAUUAUGUUGAAAAUGCGCACGGGCCCUACAAUUAUCAUUUGGCCACGUCUUGAUUUCAUUUUUGAGACAGGGCAUGACGGUAAAAAAUUAGGAAAAUGCUAGAGAGCUCGAUGGGUUUAUUGUCGGGCUUAUCGAAAGGGGGCAGAAACACCAUUUUGCCCCCACAUCUUGCUCUCCCUCUCUCCCUCCCAUGGAUUCCCCCCUGCGCUCUGCGCCUCCCCUGCCUGCCAUGGCCGUCGAUCGUCUCUUUGCCUCGUCUCAUUGCAGUCGCCCACCCUCGCCUUGCCGCCAUCGCCACCUUAUCUCGCCUCGCCGACAGUCGUUGCAUCAAAUAAUGAUGGGAGCAAGUGGGCCUCGCGUUCAUGCUGGUGCUUGUGUAUAAUAAAGUGAGAAAUUUGUUUAUAAUAUAUUAAUAAAUUUAUUUAUAAUUUUAUAAAUAUAUUAUUUGAAUGUAAAUACAUACAUAUAUUAUAUAUAUACACGUCAUAUAUAUUAUUUAAAUUAAAAUAUAUAUAUACACAUAUCAUCAUUAUAUUAAGUUUGGUUGAUUUGAGUAGUCUCCCAUCUCCAAGAACCCAUUCUGGCAGUCUCACUAUCUCCUAGGUUUCUUGCCUGUUCCGUUCAUUUCCGUUCAUUUGGUGGAAAUGUUGCUCAGAUGGCUCUCUAUGUAUAUCAGCUCGUCCAAUCUAUCAAACUGGCCAUCCAUCUCCAAAACACACACCUGAAAGACACAAAAUCCAAGAAUUCGGAUCAAAAACUGAGAGGAUUGAUCCACCGACCGCGAUGAUCAUAUAUAGUUUCCCCGCUUUUGUUGUGCUUCUUCGGGUAGUGGUGUACGUACCUCAUGGCCGAAAU